AGUUUUCCAUCAUCUUAGAGUAGAUUCAGUGCAGAGACAUUUGGACAAGUGAAGAACAUUUAAAAUGCAGCUUGCAACUGUUUUGUUUUUGGCGGCAUAUUUCGUGAAAUUUGCCUCAGGGGCAGAUUGGUGCUACCAGUCUCAAUUUGCAUGUAAUCGCACCUGCACAGGUCCAGACACAUGGGGAGUGGUUUCUCAACAAUGCAAUGGUGGAGCUCAAUCUCCCAUUAACAUCGUUACGCGGAAGUUACUGCUGGAUGAACGACUCAGUCCCAUUCAACUCACUGGUUAUCAAGAGGUUUUUAAUGGCCACCUCAUUAACAACGGUCACAGUGUUCAGCUGGAUUUACCCUCCAGUCUAAAGAUCAGUGGUGGAAAUCUGGCUACAAAGUACAAGGCAGUUCAACUUCACCUGCACUGGGGCAAAGACGGAGGUUCGGGUUCUGAACACUUGAUUGAUGGAGAGCAAUUCCCAAUGGAGAUGCACAUUGUUCACAUAAAAGAAGAACACAACUCAUUAUCUCAGGCUGUGAAAGAUCGCGCAGGUGUGGCUGUUCUUGGAUUUUUCUUUCAGGAGUCAGGCUCCUCAAAUAAGAAAUUUGAUUCCAUUAUAAACGCCCUGAACUUCACCAUACAAGCCACCAACAGCACCACAGUGAGCGGCAUUUCCCUCAACAUGUUCAUUCCUCCGUCCGACAACAUGACUAAGUACUUCCGCUACGAUGGCUCGCUCACUACGCCAAACUGUGAUGAGGCUGUUGUCUGGAGUGUCUUUGAAAACACAAUUCCCCUCAGCAAGAAGCAGCUCGCUGCAUUUUCCCAGCUUGAGUUUUCCGACGGAAGGCAAAUGGUCGGAACCUUCAGACCAGUACAGCCACUGAAUAGGAGGCAGGUAUUUUACUCCAGUGGCCAUGUUGCUCCAGUUAGUGCCAUGUUACUCUUCCUGGCUGCGCUUGUGUCCAGCACACUGUAGCUGCAAAAGACAGCACUGAUGUAACAAACUGUGUAUUUAAAAGUAAACUAUUGUAUGUCUUUAGUACAUUUGUGUCCGUUGACAUGUUCACGGUCGGUCUCAUGUGUCACAUCUAAAGUUUCGAGGCGAUCGGUUAAUGUAUGCCAAAGUUAUGGGGAACUUCCUUUCAUGGAGAAUUAUCAAAAUUCACCAAAACGCCGAUGGUUGCCGUGGCCACGCCCCUUUUGAAUCCGCAAAACCUUUUGACAACGUUUUGCCUUUGAUGUGUCUAGUACAAAUUGUUGUGGUUUUUUAUGUACGGUAUGACAAACGUGCUCAGAGGAGUUUGCUCAUUUAUGUAGGGGUGCAAAUCUCCAAAAUGGCCGGCUCCUGUUGAGUUGAGGCCAUGGUUCUAAUAGACUUUUUUGUUUGUCUUGGGCUACUACAUUUUCCCAUCAAGUUGCUUUAGAGCUCUUGAGCAAUGCAUGGGUUUGGGCACUAUGCCAAUUAUUGCAUUUUCACCAGACCUGACCUCCGUUCAAAGUAUCAAGAGUUUUAAUUCACGUUAACCCCCUCAAAAAUGACUGCAAAGCCACGGUUCCUCACACAAAUUUGUGCUCGGGCCCUAAUAAAAAUAAGAAUAGGAAAAAAAAAAAAAACAGGAUACAAAAACAAGUCAGUAUGAAGGCAAAGUUACAAAAUUCAGAGGGCCAUGAAAAGUCAAAAAUAAAACAAAUAGGAAGAAAAAUAAGAGCUACUGAGUUGGUGAAAGUUUAGUGCAUUCAAAGGUUUAUGUCACUGAAACAGAAUCAUCCACUCAUCAGGAAAAGUAUAUCUGUGUGUCAUCUGCAUAGCAAUUAAAAUAAUUAAAAUUGUGCAUCUGGCAUAUACUGUAAUAAUGUAAUAUAUUGGACCCUCGGGGUACACCACAGGUAUAUUGGGUUGCAGGAGACACAUCAUUACCGACACAUCGUAAUUAGACGUAAUUAUGACACACAAAGGAUGAAAAUUGAGUAGAAAUCGACUUGAAUAUUAUUAAGAACAUUUGAAUAAAGGGUAUGUUUCUUAAAGAGGUUGAAUCACACAGUUUGUUAAACAAUGGACAGAAAAGUACCGUUUAUUGAGAACUAGAAAUACUGUUUUGUUAACAUUUUUGAUCAAUUCGUUUGGGAAUACUCAAGGCAAAAUGUCAUUAAGAUUUUCCUCCUUUUUUAUGGUAUAUAUCAAAUGUAGAUAUGCAACAACCUUACUCCUAAUGAUCUUAGUAAUUUUUAUUUCUUUUUUUAUUAUUUAUACUAAAGUGUUUCCUCUUUCAUCUUUUUAACUGUAAUGAAAAUGUGGUUCUGUUUGUGUGCAUGGAGUACAAGUACUAGAAUUCUAAUAAAAGAAAACAUUCAACUUUAAAAUGUAAAACUGUUAGUUUUAUGUGAAUUUUUUUGUCCACAAAAAACAUUUUACCUGGCUUGGUUGUGAGUCAUAUUCACAAACAUCCACCAUGUGGCAGCACCGAGCAUAACUGAAUAAGGCAGCAGUUGGAACAUUGUUCUCCCACGUCUCAUUAAAAGAGUGUGAUGUCCUGAGACUUUCAAUAUUUAUUUGAGUCACGGGGGGUUUCCUCUCUCUUCCUGUGUGGCUCACCUCAAAGACAUAAAUGUUCAUGAUACUACUGAAACGAAUAAAUGCUUGAGUAAAAGAGAAUAAUGUCGAUUGUGAUUCAGUCAAUCAGUCAUCAUGUAUUUGUUAUGGAUCAACAUUGGUGAAAACUAACGUUAAGAUGGAGCAGGACUAACAAAAAAAAGGUCAAUUAUCAAUUACACGUCAUGUCAUCUUCAUUUUAGGGGUCAUAGGUGUUUUAUGGCCACAGAUUAAUUAUAUUUGGGUGGA